GUUGGAAACUUCAUCGUGAACAUGUAUUGUUAUUAUUCCAUGUUUUUUGAAGUUUAUACUUUUAGAUAUCCUUUAUCCUGUUAACAACGAUGUGAAUAAUCAAAAUCGAGUGCCUAUAAAACUUUGUAGUGUUAAAUAUACCUAAAAUGAAAGUGAUUGAAGCAAAAAUAGUGGUACUAGGAUCACAAGGUGUUGGCAAAACGAGCCUUGUGGUCCGCUACAUUGGAAAGAUGUUCUCUAAACACAUCUCGCCCACCAUCGGAGCAUCAUUCUUUACAUGCAACAUCAAUGUUGACGGAGCCAGAGUUAAACUACAGGUAUGGGAUACAGCAGGGCAGGAACGAUUUCGCUCAAUGGCGCCGAUGUACUACCGUAACGCCAACGCCGCGCUUCUAGUCUACGAUAUCACUAGCGUUUGCAGUUUCACUGCGAUUAAGACCUGGGUCAAAGAACUGCAAAGCAAUGUACCAGAACCAAUGGCGUUAGCUCUCGUCGGCAACAAAUGCGACUUACACGAAAUCCGCGCAGUCCCGUACUCCGAAGCUAAGCAGUACGCCGCUUCCAUCGGCGCGCAGUAUUGUGAGACCUCGGCCCUACAUGACCAGGGCAUCGACCAAGUAUUCCUGAGCACGGCUACAGCGCUGCUGCAAAUGUCGACCACAACCUUGAGUGCUUCGCUACGCUCUUACGACUCCGCAGAGGGCGACACCGAUAGAAUACCCACAGGUGACCCCACAGAAGACCCGGCGACACACACGGGCAAAGUGGAGCUCCCAGCUUGGAGUAUCGACAGCAUCGCCCACGGGGAACCCGCAAGGAGCAUGUGUUGUUAACGGGGUCCCUUUGUUUGACAUAAUUAUUGAAAGUCAUUAUGUAAUGAUUGUCAUAUUAUCUUCUCCUUCUUUUACCUAGCGUUAUCCCGGCCUUUGCCAGGGUCCGCUUUCCUGCUUGCCUUUCUCCACUUUGCUCGAUCCUGGGCGUCCUCUCGCGUAAGCCCAUUUGCGCUCAUAUCCGCUUUCACGACAUCGAGCCAUAGCUUUUUUGGUCUGCCCUGGGGUCGGGGGCCGUCAAGGGCUAAGUUAAGGCAUAUGUUUCCCACGUAGUCAGCUGGCCUGCGACAAACGUGGCCGAACCACCGAAGACGACAUUCUUGGAGCUUCUCCGCUACGUCACGGACUGCGAGGCUGCCACGGAUGUACUCGUUACGGAUGCGGUCAGCUAUCGUAACGCCGCACAUCCACCGCAACAUCUUUAUCUCUGUAAGGCGAAGCUCUUGAACGUGCCUUCCAAGAACCGGCCACGUCUCGGCGCCAUAAAGUAGGACUGGACGGAUAAUGCACUUAUACACUAGCCCUUUGAGUCUAAGCGGUAUUCUGCGAUCGCAGAUGACUCCCGUGACCUCCGGCCAUUUAGACCAAACCGCGCUGAUCCUAUAGAUAGGUUAGGUUAGAUUUGUUUUAUGGCAAUCCUGAAAAGUUACGCGUUUGUUAGAAAAACCAAAUUAACUAAUGAUAAUAUAACAAUCAUUACAUUAUGACUUUUAAUAAUUAUGUCAAACAAUAGAGACCCGUUGUUAACUUCGAUAUAUCUGAUUGUACUUUAACAUUUGAUACGGUGUUGUUAUUUUCGUAUUGCACAUUAGGCCAAUCAAAUUAGUAUUUUCGAAUAAUUAAUUCUAAUCAUUUUAUUUUAUUGAUAAAAAUGUAUGACAUUACAGUUGAACCGAUGCGUCACGAAACUUAGACUAACAGCAAUGAUAAUACUUAUAACAGCGACAAUUAUAGCACAUUACAUUAGCAUAGACAAAUUAUAUUGGAACAGUUGAGCACCUAGCAUCUAUCGCCUCACAGAAUCUCAAGCAUUCGCUAUACAGUAUACACUGCCGCUAUACAAUGAAACUUAUAUAGUUGGUCAAGCAAAUCUUGUCAGUAGAAAAAGGUGCGAAAUUUAAAUUUUCCAUGGGACGAUAUCCCUUCGAGCCUACAUUUUUUAAAUUUGCCGCUUUUUUGCUACUAACUAGAUUUGCUUGACCAACUAUAGUAAAAGUAAAUAUAAAUAAGGGUUUUUAUUAUUUUCCUAAAUUUUUAUUUGGAAUUGUUUAAAUGGUGAAAAUGACUGUGACCGUGACUGCAAAAAGUUUAAGAAACCCUGAGUUAGACCAAGAUAAGUCUGCAACGAUUUUGACAGCACACGCAGUGCAAGUGUUAUAGUUGGUCAAACCAAAUUGGCAGUAAAUAAGAACGAAAAAAACUGUACUCAUCCUUUUCUUUUGGGUGCUAGUACUAGUGUAAGAAAAAGAUAGUAUGAGUCUCUGUGUCUAUGUUUGAAAUGAGUCAGUCUUUUGACAAACUAUAUUUAUAUGUCAUAAUUUCAUAAACCGAGGAAAAGGUGGAUGGACUGUGUGAGAGAUGAUAUGAAACGAAUGCGAGUGAGUGAUGAAAUGACGGGCGAGAGAGAGGUAUGGAAGAAAAAGACAUGCUGCGCCGACCCCAAAUGAAUGGGAUAAGGGCAAGCGAAUGAUGAUGAUGAAUUUCAUAGAAGUUUGACGUUUAAAAUAACACUUGCGCUGCGUGUGCUAUCAAAAUCGUUGCAGACUUAUCUUGGUCUAAGUCUACUUAAAAUACAAUGACAAUAUACCUAUGUUGCCUUAAAUCCUUUAAGUGUCCUUAGCCUCAAUACCACGUCACCAAAGUAAGUGGCGCCGAAGGAGGUAUUAGUACCUAAUUAUGAUUAAAAUAUAUACAAAGAUAUUUUUAAUAAUUGUGUUCAGAGUAUAAUAAAGAAUAUUAUAACGUUGUUAAAUAAUUAAGUUAGUUUAUAAAUAAUAAUAAACGUGUUUUAAUCUCAUUUUGUAUUGUCAUUAUUGACAAUGAGUAAGGGCUAUAUGGGACCAAUUUUUAAGUGUUAUUAAACUUAGAAAGUAAAACAGAACAUUAAAAAAAACUGUUCUAUUAGAUUUAUGAGGCUCUUUUUAUAUGACCCUUCAUAAAUGGACCGCGAGCCAGGCGCAAAUUUCGUCAGUCAUCGCCUCCCGGGCGAAAACUCGUAUAGCGGUCAACGGCUAUGUAUGAUGAACCCUCGUCAACGUCAGCUGCCGCUCCGUUGGUGGGUUUAGGAAUGGCAGCCACCGAAACGCGUAACACGGUCUUUCCACCGCGAUACAACCGGCUGACGAUUUGUUUUAUUAAAAAUAGCAUCUAAACUAUCAUCUGACAAAGUAUCAAGCGGGAGGCGGUGACUAAAUGUUUUUAUAGACUUUAUUUGCUGCCAUUCCUCAACUCACCAAGGGAGGCGAUUGGUCAUGGAAAUCUGUUUCUGGCCCGCGGUCUAAAAACAAAACAAAAAAAAUCUUCCCCCCCAUUCCCCGGGGGGUCACCCGUUGACCACGAACGCUGUAAAGAGUUCGAAACUCGUUGUCUAAUUUUCGCUGUUGAGCAUUUUUUUCUUAAAUUAUCCUUAGUACCUAUUGUUGACGCACUGCCACUAAUAAUUAUGUAAUAACUAUUAUUAAAAGACGUUAGUACGUUAUACGUACUUAUAGUACGAAUUAUCUCAGACGAUUUUUUCGGGUUCGGGCCCUAAUCUGUUAAACAAAAGGUAUUGUUUCCUUUAUACAGUGGUUACUGCUAAUAGCUCCGACAUAAGUAGCGGGAACAAGCCCGUUUAAAAAGCAAAUUUACCUUUCUACUUAUAUGGUUCAAAUUCAUAAAACCGCCCAUUCGGAGAUAACACGUUUUGUCAUUUCCAAAGCAAAGAACACCCUGAUUGUUCUCUGAAUGCGCUGUCACAUAAAUUUGAACCUUAAUACUAUCACGAUAGUUGCUUUUUAAACGACAUGGUUGCUUGAUCUUAAAAGAAAAAGUCUUUUGUUUAACAGAUUAGGGCCAGAGCCCGAAAAAAUCAUCUGAGAAAAUUCAUACUAUACGUAAUUGUACUAUUAUCAUUAUCAUGUUUAAAUGUGUCGUUUUCAAGCAAAAGGU